AUGGCGAACGAUGAAUAUGAUUUUCUGUUCAAGGUCGUUCUCAUUGGCGACUCUGGCGUCGGCAAAUCGAACCUCCUGAGCCGAUUCACUCGCAACGAGUUCAACCUCGAUUCUAAAUCCACCAUCGGCGUCGAAUUCGCGACGAGAUCCAUCCAGGUUGACACGAAGACAAUCAAGGCACAGAUAUGGGACACAGCUGGACAAGAAAGAUACCGUGCUAUCACAUCUGCCUACUAUCGUGGUGCUGUCGGUGCUCUUUUGGUCUACGACAUCAGCAAACGUCAGACAUAUGACAACGUCACGAGAUGGUUGAAAGAGCUUCGGGACCAUGCGGAUGCCAAUAUAGUCAUCAUGCUUGUCGGGAACAAGAGUGACUUGCGGCAUCUGCGCGCAGUUCCUACUGAAGAGGCCAAACAGUUUGCGAGCGAGAACAACCUGUCAUUUAUCGAGACGUCGGCUCUCGAUGCCAGCAACGUCGAACUGGCGUUCCAGAACAUAUUGACAGGGAAGUUCAUCGGUCAUGUCCUUGUUUCAAUACUGACAUACGCUGCAGAGAUCUAUCGGAUUGUCUCCAGCAAGGCACUCGACAGUGGAGACGCGGCACAGGCGCCAACAGGUGGUGUGAAAAUCGACAUGACCCCAUCCGGGACACCAGAUGCCAAAGGGAACAAAUGUUGCUGA